AUGUUAGGAAAAAGGAAACUUGGUGGAGCCCAAAAAGAAAAAAAGAAAAAAAAAUGGAUCGAGGAAUUAUAUGACGAUUCAGAAGAAAUUGAUUUAGACUGCCUAAACAACUUGGAAGAGCAGGAAUGGGAUGAUUUGGAAAAAGAGGACGAGGAGGUGAAUCAAGAGGAGGAAAAAAAUGAUGCAUCCAGCAUGGCUGUAGGUGGUGACGAAACUGUCACCGAGAAUGGAAAUAAUAGAAAUAAUAAAAAGAAAAAAAGAUACGACUGGAUGAGUAGCGACGAUGAAGAUAUAUCAAGCGACGAGGAUGAGGAAGAAGAGGAUGUGGAAUUAGUUGAAAAGGGAAAAGAAAAGAAGGAACAUGAGCAGGGAGGAGAAAGAACAAAUAGCAGUGGUGGAACCCACUUGAAACCUGACAGCGCUCCUGAGCAAGGUACACGUUUUAGAAAUAACAGUGCGAUGAAAGCAGGGGGAGAAAACGGAAAUGUAGGGUACCAUCCGAAUGGUAUGAAAUAUGAUGUGAAUAAUGGUCAUGGGAAGCGCGGAAAUAUACGUAAGAUUGACAUGGAUGAAAGGAGCAGCCAUAGUGACGAUGCCCCCGUCGAAAUUAUUGAAAAUAUAAAUAAAUAUUCAAUUAACCCGUUAAACGUCAAACUGGAAGAAAUCGAGCACCUAGUAACGUACGUAUAUUUUAACAACAUUCAUUUUAGUUGUGUUACGGAGGAUUUGGUGGAGUUUUUAGAAAAAUUCACAAAAAACAAAAUCGUCCAAAUUAAUUCAGACAAGUCAACAAAUCAUACGAUUAUAUACAAGUAUAAUGAAAAAAAUGAUAACACAGUUUUGAUCAAUAAAUUUCCGCAUUAUGGGAAGUUGUUUGUUCAUGUCAGAAAUUAUCAAGUAAUUAUAACGAAAAGAUUGUAG